GAAUGCAACAAGCCUGACCUGAUUUUAAUCACAUGAGGUGUGGUCUGUCCAAAGUUCAGCAAAACCAAAAGUGAAAAUAUCACACUGAGAAACCGAGUCUGUAAAAUGGCAGCUAAAGCUUUGAUUCCUGAGGACGAUCUCUGUUGCUCUGUAUGUUGUGAUAUUUUUAAAGAGCCUGUUGUACUGAAAUGUAGCCACAGCUUCUGUAGAGAGUGUAUACAGCAGUACUGGAAAGAGAAGGGCUCUCGAGAGUGUCCCAUCUGCAGGAGAAAGGCCUCUGUGGGGGAUCCUCCUGUAAGCCUGGCCUUAAGAAGCAUUGUGGAGUCUUAUUUAAAGCAGAAGACCGAGAGUGAAAUUACAGACAGGAGUGACACUCACUGCAGUCUUCAUGGGGAGAAACUUCUAUUUUUCUGCGAACAUGACAAAGAGCUUCUUUGUGUUGUCUGUCAGACUUCAAAAAAACACAGAAACCACCCAGUCUGUCCAGUGGAAGAGGCUGCACUGGAGCUGAAGGAGGAAAUCAAGCCUGCACUUAGUCUUAUUCAAGAAAAACUAAAGAGGUUUACUGAGGCUGAACAAGAAUGUGAGAAAACAGCAAAACACAUCAGGAGUCAAGCCCAGCACACAGAGAGGCAGAUAAAGGCAGAGUUUGAGAAGCUCCACCAGUUCCUACGAGAGGAAGAGGAGGCCAGACUAGCUGCACUGAGGGAGGAAGAGGAGCAGAAGAGUCGGAUCAUGAAUGAGAAGAUAGAAAACAUCACAAGACACAUCUCCACCCUUACAGACAAAAUCACAGCUAUAGAGAAGGUCAUGGAUGCUGAAGACACCUCCAUUUUACAGAGCUACAAGAGCAUUAAGGAAAGAGCCCAGUGCACACUGCAGGAUCCAGAGCUGCUCUCAGGGGCUCUGAUAGAUGCGGCCAAACACCUGGGAAACCUGAAGUUCAGAGUCUGGGAGAAGAUGCUGGGGGUGGUGCAGUACACUCCUGUGAUACUGGACCCCAAUACUGCACGUGCCUCUCUCUCGCUCUCUGAUGAUCUGACCACUGUGAGUGACACAGAUACAAAGCACAAAUGUCCUGACAAUUCAGAGAGGUUUAAACUCUGUGUGAAUGUGCUGGGAUCUGAGGGGUUUACCUCAGGGAAACACAGCUGGGAGGUGAAGGUGGGGAAUAAAUCUGAUUGGACUAUAGGAGUGGUGAAAGAGUCCAUCAGUAGGAAGGGAGAUAUAACAUGCAGCCCAAAGAGAGGAUUCUGGGUCUUAAUGCUGAGGGAUGGUGAUAAGUACAGAGCAGCUGGAGUUACUGACCUCAGACUGAAGAGGAAGCCCCAGAGCAUCAGAGUGCAGUUGGACUAUGACAGGGGGAAGGUGUCCUUCUUCGACUCCAGUGACAUGUCACUCAUUUACACUUUUACAGACACAUUUACUGAGAGAGUGUUCCCGUACUUCUCUCCCUGUGUGAAAAAUGAUAAGAAUGAAGGACCCCUGAAGAUAUGCCCAGUGAAAGUUUCUAUAACAGUUAUGUCAUCCCAUUGAAUGUGUUUUUUCAAGAGCAAACUACAUGUACUGGAAGAGUAUUAUAGAGGAAAUCCAUAUUCCUCCAUAACUAUUAUGUUCCUCUAUAAUGAUUAUAGUUUUUUCAUUUUAAUUUUCUUUUCAUCAUUGAUAAUUUAGUUGAGAUUUAUCAUUUUUUGAUAAUGUACAUAUACAGGUAGUAUCUUCUGGGUUUUGUUUUGAUCCAAAUCAUUGGACAAAAUGAUUUCAUAUAAUUUUUGCUCAUAAAGUAGAUGUGCACCUGUAGUGUAGUCAAAUACCUUUAUAUUUGAUUAAGUCAUUCCUGGGUUUAUAAGGUAGUGUAGAAGCUUGGAAUGUGUGAGUAUAGUCAGUGUUCGUUAGUUUGAUUCCAUCCAUCCUCCUGUCUUCUUUUCAGAUUUUACUUUGCAAUUCACCCUGUCAGUACAAUGCUGCAGGAUUUAAUCCAAAUCUCUUAUGAGUCAUUGUAAAUAUGUAAAUGGUGUCCCCUAGUGGCUACCUGAAUAAUGAUGUUGGGCUGUGAUGCCAGUAAUUAGAGCAGGUGUGCAGUUGAGCUGAGAAGACGCUGCCAACACACAGUUUUCUACCGCUAUACAACGCUUCGCAUUGCUCAACACACUGCCUUUGAAUUUAAUAUAUUGAAAUAAAUACUAUCCUGAAUUA